UCCCAAAAAAAGGCCUUAAAUUGUUGAAAUGUUGAGUGGUAAAAGCAAGUGGAUGCUGCUCCUAGCAGCCCUCGUGGCUGCGGCUCUCAAGUCGACGGCGGCUCAGGACUACUGUAAUCCGGACCUGUGUGAUCCUGGAGACAACCACAUUGGAUGUAACAAUCCUGGCGGUUUCACCAGCAACUGUCCCGCUGGAGCGAAGGUGAUCGAGAUGACCGACGAGCUGAAGAAAAUUGUGCUCGACGAACACAACAAGUACCGUAGCACGGUCGCUACUGGAGGUGUUAAAUGGCUUCCGAAAGCGAAACAGAUGACCACGAUGACCUGGGACGACGAGCUGGCCAAGAUGGCGCAGCUGAACGCUAAUCGGUGCGUGCAGAAACACGAUGAUUGUCACAACACUGCCAACCAUCGUUACUCAGGCCAGAACUUGAAUCACAUCACCACGACUGCGCCGUCGAUCGACAACAUCCCACAGGUGAUCAAGGACCUGAUCUCGUCCUGGUGGGAUGAACGCUUCGAUGUGAACUCGCGAAUGGUUAAGAGCAUGUACGAUCCGGGCAGACACACCAUGAUCUUCCACUUCGCCGUGAUGGCAGCGGAUAAGGCAAACAAGCUCGGUUGCGCCGUCAGCCAGUGGUCGGAUGACGGAAACCCUUACCUGUACCUGGUGUGCAAUUAUUCAUUCACUGAUAUCGUUGGUCUGCCGAUGUACGCUAAGGGCGAACCGUGCAGUGGCUGUACUAAAGGAUGCAACUCGGAUUACCAGGGUCUGUGCAACCCAGACGAACCAGUUUCGGUGCCUUAUUAAGGAUGAACACAUGACGAUGACUUAUAACGAUGACCGAAGAACGUUUCUGCUCCAAACCACACCCUUUCACAUGCUUACGCUCGUUUGAUCACAAUGGAUCGUGUUAAAUGAUCGAUUUGACAUUUUACGAAUCAGACAUGGGACUUCAAAAAUUUAUUUCGUGUAAGGUAAAACUGUGACAUUCGACUUGAAAAUACAAAAACAAAAUAAAACAGCUAAGCCCACAUGAC